AUGGCUCUCUGUUCUCCAAAAUUUCUGAUUCUUCUGCUGCUCUUCUCUGCCAUACCCAUUGGAAUCAUCGUCACCUUGGAACGAGCCCACCCCACCACGCAUGUCUACCACUACCACAGUUCCGGCUGGUUUCGAGAAUGUUCUAAGUGGGAUUCUCACCACCGCCGCUUCAUCGUUUCCUUCUUCGAAGGCGGUCUUGGCCAGGUUAAGCUGCCGGAAAAGGAUUCCGAUUUAUCGGCGCCGCUGGAAGAAGUGUUGGUAGCGAAAGAGGCCAACUUGGCCAGAAACGCGUCUCUGGGUAUAGUCAUUGACUCACCAAGAAAUCGAGUUCUGGUUGUUAACGCUGAUGUCAUUGGAAAUCGAUACAGUGCGCUUGCAGCAUACGAUCUCUCUACCUGGAAUCGCCUAUUUCUUACCCAACUAAGUGGUCCUAGUGAUGAGAAAUCUUUCGCUGACGAUGUUGCAGUGGAUGGUGAAGGCAAUGCUUACGUUACUGAUGCAAAAGGCAAUAAAAUCUGGAAAGUUGGGGUAGAAGGGAAGCUUAUAUCAACCAUUAAAAGCCCAUUGUUUUCUGCAAAAGAGUGGUACAAGAACUUGGUUGGGCUAAAUGGAAUAGUUUACCACCCAGAUGGGUUUCUGAUAGUGGUUCACACAUUCAGCGGCAAUUUGUUUAAGAUUGAUUUAACAAAAGGAGAGGAGGUAAAGAUAAUAAAGGUAAAAGGGAGUCUUUCUUUUGGAGAUGGGUUAGAACUACUGUCUCCUACGAAGCUGGUAGUUGCUGGAAAUCCUUCAGGAAGAUUAGUGGAGAGUUCAGAUGGGUGGAACACUGCUUCUGUUGUGGGAACAUUCUCAGGGCCUAAGCAUCGCUUGGCCACAGCAGCAACAGUGAAGGACGGCAAGGUGUAUUUGAACCAUUUGGUUGGAAUGGGAUACCCCAAAAAGAAGCACGCAAUCGUUGAGGCAGUUUUUUAG